AUGAUUUUUACACCCCACUCAACCCCCUCAAAAACCCAGCCUCCCCCACUCAACCCCCUCGAAAACCCAGCCUCCCCCCACUCAAAAACCCAGCCUCCCGCACUCAACCCCUCGAAAACCCAGCCUCCCCACUCAAAACCCAGCCUCCCGCACUCAAAACCCAGCCUCCCCACUCAACCCCUCGAAAACCCAGCCUCCCCACUCAAAACCCAGCCUCCCUCACUCAACCCCUCGAAAACCCAGCCUCCCUCACUCAACCCCUCAAAACCCAGCCUCCCCACUCAAAACCCAGCCUCCCGCACUCAAAACCCAGCCUCCUCACUCAACCCCUCGAAAACCCAGCCUCCCCACUCAACCCCUCGAAAACACAGCCUCCCCACUCAACCCCUCAAAACCCAGCCUCCCCACUCAACCCCUCGAAAACCCAGCCUCCCUCACUCAACCCCUCGAAAACCCAGCCUCCCCACUCAAAACCCAGCCUCCCGCACUCAAAACCCAGCCUCCCUCACUCAACCCCUCGAAAACCCAGCCUCCCCACUCAACCCCUCGAAAACACAGCCUCCCCACUCAACCCCUCGAAAACACAGCCUCCCCCACUCAACCCCCUCGAAAACCCAGCCAUCCCCACUCAACCCCCUCGAAAACCCAGACCUCCGCACUUACCCCUUACUUGUAGUUUAA